UUGGCCCAGAAACAGUUCGCCUUUAAAUCACGCCACACGUCUCACGCGUUCGACGCGAAAAAUAGACAUUGUUUUGAUCCCGGGAUUGAGCCUACACUGUUGGACCGGCUUACAACGAGAUAGCACGCCCUCUGCAAUGCCUAUGUAUCAACGGCCUCCGUUCUGGCGUGUGCCUCAUCAGCGACGCGACCCUGAAGACGAUGCCAGUAGCUAUGCCAGGAAGAAAGUAACUCCUGGCACACCAGCUGGCCGCGAUUUAACAAGAGGUGAUAUAAUCGCCAAGGUCGAUGACUACGAUGCGAGGGACUUACGACAUGAAGACGCGCAGAACCUUUUCAAAAACGCCAAAAAUCAAAUAAAACUCGUUGUUCAAAGGAGCAGUUCAAGCCCACAGUACUACAGCCCAUCGCCAAGUUACAUGGGCAGAGUCACGCCUUCCUUCUAUUACACUUUUGAGGACUCGGAGCGGGAAGGGCCAAAAAGCGCGCCUAUGCAACGUUCUCCAAUACAAAACUCUGUCCCACCACCGUUUAGGACACCCAGCCCAAAGCCCGGUAACACGUGGCGCGGACCAGAGUCCCUUCCUCGCAGCACACCACUCCUACAGCCCCAGUAUUCGUUGCAGCAUGAGGGAGAGUACAGAACUGUCAUGCUAUCACCCGACUCCGCCAGGAAUGAGGAUGUUGUUGAUGAGUCUAUUACAAGCCAGCCAUACAGGACCACUCCCCUGGUAUUGCCAGGCGCGAAGGUCCGCCGUGAACCUGGACCCACAGAAAGCUAUUUGCGACACCAUCCCAACCCAGCCAUGAGGGCGCCACCUCACCACGAUUACCGCGACACACUCAUGAGGCAGAAGGUGGCAGAAUCGGUGCUGCAGCGAGUUGUUGGUGAAGACGCGAAUAAGGUUGUUCACAAGCAAUUCAACUCUCCAAUCAACAUGUACUCAGAACAGAACAUAGCAAAUUCUAUCAGACAACAAACAUCUCCUUUGCCCUCGAAGCCCUACGACCCGGCCAAGUCGGACACGUACCGUGCACUGCAGGAACAAGGUCUGGGGGACGCGCACGAAGUGCCCACACCGCAGACUAAGGUCUUCACGGCACCAGCCACUAAGAAACCAGUGCCGCCCAAAAUUUCGAAAGAGGCAUCACAGGGAAAACAAACGACCUUCGUGAACUCAUUACAUGAAGAGCACAUCAUACAAUCGAACUCGUUCAAACGUCUCAUGUACAACGUUCUCGGAGAAACGGAAUUCUAGCCAUAGACAACUAUAAGUCAACUGUCAUUUUGCGUUCCUCAGAAUUGUGAUAAUCAAAUGAUUCAACGAGUUUUUAGUCGGUUAGUUUAACAUCGACUGAUGGAAGGGCGCCAUAUUUAGAAAUUAUAAGACUAACAAAUUAAUGUAGGAGACAAUCUCCGGUGUGUAAUGUUAUUUUCGGUGGAUUAAUUAUUCUAAUACUCGAGUAUUAGGUAUUAUAUUGUAAGUAGGUAAAUGUUAAAUCUGUUUGUACAGACUAUUUUACAUGUUAUGAGUGUACUAUCUAGUCAGAUGACCCGAGCUCUGGUCGAGAGAAUAAGUUUCGAAAUAUUUUAUUAAAUUAUUUAUUUUUAUUUAA